AUGCACCCAGAGCAAAAGAAAACGUUCAAGGAGAAGAACGACAUUCGAAACAAGCUUUUCAAGUCGACGAAUGCGGAUAGGCAAGAUUGGAGAAAAAUAAAAGACGAGAAGAAGCGAAAAAACGAGAAAAAAAUCAUCAGAGAAGCUGAAGAAGCGAAAAAAGCGAGAAUCGAGGCUGUCGAUCAUACACCUCCAUUCACAAUUUCUAUCGCUGUACCCGGUCAAUUCCUGAAUAAUGCACAAUCCAGCGAACUUCGCACUUAUAUGGCUGGUCAAAUCGCACGGGCGGCCACUUUAUAUCGUGUUGAUGAAAUUAUCAUCUACGAUGAAUCGUGUCGAAUGACAAAUGAAUCCGUCAACGCCUACUACAAUGGAAAUUGGGAAGGUAGUCUCCUCCCUGCUGAAUCCAACUACGAAGGAUGUUUCUAUUUGGCAAAAAUACUCGAAUACCUGGAAUGCCCUCAAUACCUCCGUCGUGAUCUUUUCCCUAUCCAGAAACCAUUGAAAUACGCCGGUCUUCUGAAUCCUCUCGAUGCUCAACAUCACCUGAAAUCCGAUGAAAAAACGUUCAAAUUCCGUGAGGGAGUCGUGUUAAAAAAGAGAUCUAAAGAAGGACGAGGACCAAUUUGUAACAUUGGAUUGGAUAAGGAAUUCGAAAUUGAUACUGAUACAAUCACAUUACCACCAUAUACAAGGGUUACUGUAGAAAUCAAGAAUCUGAAUGAGCAAUGCAAACUCUACCGGGGAAGCAUUACCAGCGGAACCAGGGUCACUCGAGAGACUGGGCAAUAUUGGGGAUAUUCGGUUCGAUUAAUGACUGGAUUGCAGAAGGUUCUCGAAGGAAAGAAGUUCGACAUCGUCGCAGGUGUUUCGCCACGCGGAAAGCUCGCCUCCCAGGUGGACGUCUGUAUCCUCAAUAAGCCAAAAAUUCUUCUCGUGUUCGGUGGAGUAUCUGGAGUGGAUGCAGCAGUGGAAUCGGAGGAAUUGGCUGAAUGGCGUCGUGCCGAAGAUGCAUUCGACGUGCUAAUCAGAACGACAUCACUUCCAAAUGGAUCUCGAAGCGAAAGAGUUGAGGAGAACGUGUUGUCUGUGUUGGCGCAGAUGCAGUGCCGGUUGGAGACGUUGAAUCAGUUGUAA